GGCUGCGGCCCGGGGCGGGCGCGGCUGAUCUCGCUCCUUCCCUCCCUCCGGGUGGCGGAGCCGGGUUGGGGAGGCUGCCCCGCUAGCGGCCGGUAAAAAGGGGGCAGUAGGGCGGCGGCUCCUGGCGGCAGCGUCGGGAGGAAGCGGGCUCCAUCCCUGGCGAUGCCGAGGGGACCUUUGUAGGGCCCUGUGGCUAGGGAUCCGCGCCGCAGAGGCCCCUGAUUCACCCAGUCACGAGAAGAAUGCUCUUCAGCCCCGCGGUUCAGCCGCGCUUAACGGCCGGCGGAGGGAAGCCUUGGUCCCUGCAGCGGGGCUGGCCGGCAGCCCGCUCGCUGGCCGGCCAGUUGCAUGCAAGUCCCAUUCCCUCCCCGCCGCCGGAGCCUGGGAGCGGCGGGGCGCGGCCUGCUGAGCGUCUGUGGCACCGGGCCUUGGGGGCCGUUGUGGCGGCGGCCCGACGCUGUGCGAGCCCCCUGCUGACACAGCCACCCGAGACCCCGGCUUCGCGUGGUGCCAGCCCUCUGCAAACGCAGCAGGAGCGAGCGGCUGUGACGGGAACUAUCGAAUGUUGUAAUAAAGAUCUGCGGAAAGGCUGCGUAUUGCUGCAGGUUCAACGACUGUGCUGCAUUAAACACAAGGAGUGUGCUUCAUCUGAGGCAUGGAACUUCUGGGGGAUUGCUGUGUGCAGAGCACAAUACCCUGAUGUUUAUAUGAGAAAGACUUGCAGAUGCUAAUGGGUGAGAUACAAGGAAGUCCAGAAGUACAAAAAAGCAAAGACUACCUGGCCUGAAAUGGCACAUUUGUUGUGACUAUUAAAGGGCAUAAUGCAGAAUCCUUUAACUUUCUCUGCAGGUGGUGACUUUUUGCAUGCUAAUCCUGCAGAGAAACAUUGUGUCCGACAAAGUAUGCUGGGUCAGCAAAAGCAAGAAACUUGUGCUGGAAAGACAGUAUCCACAGAUAAACAUAAAUCCCCUUCAGAUAUAAUACAGAGUUUUCAGAAGAGAAGUCAAUUUAGGACCAUUGCUCCAAAAAUGGUACCGAAACUUUUAACAUCUGGGGUAGUCUCUUGUCUUCAGUCAUCUUCAUCUGAGCAAAAUACACCAAUUCCAGUUGCAAGUUCUAAACCACUGGUGGUACCAACUCAAAACUAUGCUGUCAUGCAGGUGGCUGGUCACAAAGGAACUUUUUCUUUGUUGGCCUUGCCAUGUGUUGCCCCUGCCCUGACGCAGCAAGUCCAGCAGUCAAGUGUGACCCCUUCUGAAAACCUAAAGCUGCCAAUCCCUAGGUACCAAUCCAUAAGAAGUAAAUUGCUGAGUGACAAAAAGCCAGCACAAACCUCUGUGUUGGGUGCACAUAACAAGAUUCCUGCCAAAGCAUCAAUCUCAUCACAGACUUCCCAUGUGACUACUUCAACUGAAGACCGUCCUGAAACUCGUAGUUCAGAUUCAACUGAGCAAGCAGUGCUAACAGAGAAUGUCUCAGCUAGGAUUACAGUUACCACAUCAGUUAAUAAAAGCAAUUGUAUGGAAUCUGUGUCUCCUAUAGUGAAGAAAACUGAAAUUGCCAACAGUAAUACUUCUGGACCAUCUGUAGUUAAAGACUCCUUACCUAAGCCUACAAGUCCAAUUAAUCUCACAAAACGAAGUCUACGCUCAGCGAAGACAGCAUCUGAAACCACAAGAGAGCCAAGCAUAAUGUCUGAGAAGCUAAAGGAAAAGCCCACAAGUUCUGCAAAUUCUGUUGCUGUGCUGUCACCAGCAGUUUUUGGCAGUACAGUACAGAUGACUCCAUCGGCACCAAAAGGAAAACUUCCUAUUUUGCCUUACUCAAGGAUGAAAAAUUCAGCAUUCUGUAAAGCUAAGCAGAGUCCUGAUGUUACAAAUGCAUCUGGUCCUUCACUGAGGUCGCAGUGUGAGAAGAUGCCAGCUUGGACAAAAGCUGCUCAUGUUCCUACUGAAGCAUCUGAUAAGCGAUCAGCUGUAUCUUCUACACAAGGCCCUAAGCAAACCACUCGAGAUACCUUCUCUCCCUCCAAUAAAGUGGAUGCUGACAGUCUUAAAAAAUUGAACAGUGCAGCCUCUAAAAGAAGGAGAGGGAAAAGAAGAUCCCCAGAUGAUGUAUUGGCUUUUCAGAGCAAGCGAAGGAAGUGUAUCAUUAAUAAGUUCAGGGAAGGAAGGGAGAGGGUGAAAGCUGAUCUUCAGCCACCUGAAGACAAAAAAGCAGAGGCAGUGAAAAAAUAUCGUAGCAUUAGACCAAAACCAGUGGUAGUUGUGCAGGCUUUUGCCCCACUGACCUCCGCAACACUUGUCAAGGCACCGUCUCCUGACUGCUUAGACCAAGAUGGCUUUUUAAACACUUCACUUCCCGGUAAAUAUUUAACCUACAAACACAGUGAUGCUCCAUCAGUUAAACUGAGUGAUCUAAGCAGAAGUGCCAGUUCAACCAUACCUAAGCCAUCCCAUAAAUGCCAUGUUUGUAGCCGCAUCUUCCAGUUCAAACACCACCUUCGGGACCACAUGAACACACACACAAACCGGCGGCCCUACAGCUGCCGCGUGUGCCGCAAGGCCUACAUUCAUUCUGGGAGCCUCAGCACGCACAUGAAACUUCACCACAACGAGGGCAAACCCAGAAAGCUUGUGUGCUGUGAGUUCUGUGCUAAAGUUUUUGGCCAUGCAAAGGUGUAUUUUGGCCACCUCAGAGAAGUGCAUAGGGUUGUUAUCAACACAGAGCCUUCUCCCGGCGAGCAGCAGCUGCAAGAUGCUUUAAAGAAGAAAGAAUCAAAUAUAAAAGAGAUAGAAGAAGUCACAGAGAGGGGAAAUAAAUGCAAUUUGGAGGACCUAUUCCAUAACCCAGGAGAAGUGAAGCUGCAGAUAAAAUGUGGUCGAUGCCAGUUUAUUGCACAGUCUUUUGGUGAAAUGAAGUUUCAUUUAUUGUGCUCUCAUGGAGAAGAGAUCCAAGGACGAGUAAAGGAAGGAGGUUUGCAAGGAAGUAGAGGAGCUAAGGGGGAACUGAUCAAACAUACAACUCAUUUCUGGAAACAGCACAGUGAGAGGAGGCAUUUAGUCAAGGGCAAUGCCCACGAGGAAGAAUUUUAUGCUUUCCCAAAGCUAAAAAGACAGAUAUACUUCAACCAUCAAAAUAAUGUCAACAUGCUAUCUCAAAUGGAACUGACUCAGCCAGAAAGCAGCGAAGCAGCCAAAGAGAUGCAAAAUGUAGCUUUGGGUACACCAAGCAAAAAAACAGAGAUGUGGUCUAGAGCAGGCUAUAACUGCAUUCUGUGCAAACACUUGUUUGGAAGAAAAGAGGAUCUCUGUCACCACUGGCAGAGUCACCACAACUGUGAAGACCCUUCCACUUUAUGGACAAUUUUUAGUUUGUUAUCCAAACAAGGAGUUAUUGAAUUUUCUAAUAAUGGUGAAUAUUGAAGCUCAGCUCUGCAAUGCUACCAAAAAACAUCAACUAAACUGUUCCCAAAUUGUUAAUAAUUUGUUUUGGGUCGUGUCACCUCAGAGGUUUGUUUGGUGGCUUUGUUGGGUUGUGGGUUUUUAAGUUAUACUGACCUCUAUUUGUUAAACAGAAAAUGCAUUUAUCCAGUAUCAUUUCAAAUGGGUACAGCAAGCUGAUUACAAAACACUGCACUUAAAAGUCAUGCUUAAAGAACUUAAUGGCAGCAAAUAGUACCAAUGGUUAACAAAAAGGAAAAAGACUGUCAAGUGAAAUUAUACUAUACACACAAAAUUAAAUCAGUUUAUGUGAAUGAAAUGACAACCACCAGGCUGGAUGUGUGAUUUCAGUCCCUGUGCCUCCAGAUUUUACAGUAAAUAAAUAGUUUGAUGCAGUUCUCUGGAUCAUCUGAACAUGCAUACAAGCAGCCAGCAUUCAGGAGCUUUGUAAUCUAGGAUUUAAGAGCAUUUAAUUCUUGUUCAACCAUUGCUUGCAGGUUUGUUAUUGGCAGGUCCUUCAGGUGGUAUAUUCUGCCCUAGUAACAGCAGAGGAUCAAAUUUUAGGUGAAAAACCUACAAAUCUUUUUUUGCCUGUAGUUCUUGAGGCUGAAGGCCAGUUAGUUGGCACCCAUGAGGAUGUGGAACACUCAAAGCUUGGCUGCUUUAUGAAAAAAACCAAACCAAGUUUGUUUUAAAAAAGUAACCUGAGUUGGUUCCACCUGGGGAGUUUGACAUCCUGCAAUAGACUACAUGUUUUAGUGUAUUUCUUGCACCCUCUGUGACAGCAGCACUACUUCUGCCAGCACCAUUAGCACUCUAACGCUCUUGGUAUACAACUUUUGUACCUUUGCAGUUGAUUCAGUCUUUGGCUUCAAAGGGAAAUUGUUCCUUCACUUCUCAGUCUAUGGUACACUUAAUGAGGUUUUUACACUUGUGUUGUCAGAUUUACUGUACUAGAGGAACUGCAUGCAGCACCUUAGCAUUCCAGGACCAGUUACCUCACCGAGAUGCAAAGCUGUAGCAGCCCAUAACGCAGGCACAGUGUGUUCUGUGUGUCCCUGCUACAGAGCAGGUGUGGCAAGUGACCAUUUCAGCACAUCUCCAAGGGGCUGUAAGGAGAUGCAGUUCUGGAGCUCAGUUUUGAUGAAAAGGUCACUGAAACCAUUGAAUCUAGCUUGAAAUAGGUGUUUAAACUACUGUUACUUAAAGCCUUAUGAAGCUGGCAUUCCUAAAAUGUCUCGGGUCACCUCUCACUGUUUUGCAAAGAAUGUGGUGAUGAGAACAUGAGAAAAGAUCUAAAAAUGUUUUCUGAGUGAGAUUCCUGUUGCAAUAUUUUAUGUGUGUGUUUUGCUUUCAAUUAGUAAAGGCAGUUUUGAUGGGCUAAUA